AAUGCUAGUGCUAGGAAACCGUAAACAAGAUGGCUUCGGCCCAGGCCACAAUAGUAGAAGACUUAAAAGAUAAACGGAUACCCUCUGCCCUUUACUGGACAACUGAACAUGUAGCAGAUUGGAUAGAGGAGCUGGGGUUUCCUCAAUAUAAAGUGAUGCUUAAAUUAAAUAAUGUUCUUGAUUUUUAUAACACAAUAAAAAGUACACUUAGUUGAAAUCGAAUCAUAAUUCAUAUUCAUAUGUUAAUUAUGUCUUAUGUUAAUAAUAAUAAUUAGUUAAUACAAUAAUAGUUACUUAACUUAGACUUAGUUUUGACUAGUUAACAUUUUAAAUAAAUGCAUAAAUAAAUUAUUUAUAAACAAAUAAAUAAAAUAUAGCAUUAGCAACAACACAGUUACAAACUCCAAUAAUUAUCUACGGCCGUAGUCUACGGCUAUGGCUAUAGAGUUGAAUAGUUGAACUAUUUCAUUGUAACUUAUGUAACAAAUUGUUUCAUUAAUUUAAGCUACAUUUUUUUUUCAAGACAACAAAUUCAAAUGUUUACUACUGUCUAUUUCACAGCAAAGAUCUGAACUAAUUAAAUUACUCUUAAAAUGACUAUUUAGUCUUAGUUAUUAGUACUCACUUAGUACCAGUAACACUACUGUCUUAACUCUCUAGCCACUUCACUAUGGGUAUGGUAUGUAUGUUUGGUUGUAAUGAAAAUUAGGGAUACUCAUUAGCCAAUGCAAAACUCUCUGUUUUUGUGAACUUUGGUCUUGGUGUUUACAAUAAUACAAUAUCUACCUGUCUACAUGGUGAUUGAUGAAUAUGUGAAUGUUAGGAAAAAGCAUGACAGCAGAUUAUUACAACUUCUUGUUAUAUUAUAUAUCUGAGAGAUAUAAUAAAGUUGUUGUGGUUGGCUUGGCAUAUUAAAUAAUAUUAAACAAAUUAAUUUUCUUUCUGAAUGAAUAAAUGUUAUUAAAUAAUUGCAGUUAGAUUUUUUUCAUUCUUUGCACCUAAUCAUCAAAACAAUUUAUUACACAUAUUCAUUAAAAAAGAGUUAAAAGGUUAUUCUUUUAUUGAUGUCCAUUAAUAGUGCAGUGGAGAGUGCCACUGGGUUUUUGGUGGCAUAGAAAGAGAGAGUGGCACUUUUUUUCUCAUUAAGUGUCAGAUUGCCCUCGUUACAGGAGUGCAGAGAGUGAUACAUCCUUCUGGGCCAAUUCAUUGUAUCAGACGGAUGGGUUGUUUAUGGAGGCUUAUGCAAACAUAAACCACAUCAGACACGGAAUCUACGAACACGUUGUUCAUGAACAAAAUUUUGUCAAUUCAAUUACGUUGGUGUCCACACACAGACUUGAAAAUAUGUAGAAGCACGCAAAGUGGAAAUUGAAAAGACAGUUUGGCACAAGCCAUGAAAUUUUACCUGCAUGAGUUCAAACCCGCAAUCAUUUGCGUGGAAAUUUUUCUAUUUGAAAUAUUAUUAAAUUGCUUAAAUAUGUACAAUGUCAUAAAAAUAUUUCCAUUUAUGUGGAUCAAUAAAAGAAUUUUAUCUCAUCAAAAAAACAAUAACUAUUUAAAUAACACUUCAAUGGAACAACAUGAUUUUUUUCAUAACCGACAAUCAAGUGGUAGACUUCCCAAAAUGUUGCCCAUAUAAAUAAAAGUAUUGCUAAACAUUGUGUGAGUAACAUACCAUGAGAAUUGACCUUAAUAUGUUGAGUAGCCUAAUGACCAAUUGCUAAUGUAAGUCUUAGCUCAGACUAAAUAUGUCAAAUUUAAAGCUUUUUUAAUUUAAAAAAUAAUAGAAUUAGAAGGAUAUCAUACAGACCUAGAUAUUGCUGUAUUUUUUAAUUAGUAGAAAAUAUUAAAAUGUCACCUUUUUUAAAAGUAAAUUAAAAUUGUAAACAAAUAAUAAUAAUUUAAUAAUCUUCUUUAUGCUCUCAGGCCUGUAUUUUAACCAAUCUUAUAAAUGGUAGAAAACUUUGCCGUCUUCAUGCUUCAGCAUUUCCUAAAAUAGGAAUAACAGAUUUUGAGCAUAUCAAGGUAAUGCAUUGUUAAUUAACUUUUAUGUAUAAUUAAUUUACUUGAAUGCUAUUUAUUGUUUAAACAAAAUUAUAUAAAUUCUAAAAAGAAAAUUCGACUGUGUCUUCCACAUAGAUAUAUAUAAUGUAAAUGGUGGAUAUUUAUAAAAUAUAUAUAAAACACUAUAUAUUAUUUUAAGUGGUUACUCCUAUUCCAAUUUGUUGCAAAGUAACAAACUUCUUUUUAUGUUUUACAGAAUAAUCAAAUUCAGUAAUAUUUAGAUAUUAGUUAUAUUUUUAGUAAUCAUAUAAUAAGUUUGAUUUAGAAUGACAUCAAUAUUUGAUGUUUAAAAUCAUUUAUCUCUUUACAGAUAAUAUCCAAAAACAUCAGAGAUCUCUUAUUUCUUGAAGAGCCUUACUGGAAUAGGAGUAUAGCUGUUCCCCCAAAGAACAAUUUAGGUAUUAAUUUUUUUAUGAAGCUAACUGUCCUAUUUAUGGUUUUUGAAACUGGUAUCACAAAUGGUUGUAUUUUAAAAAUCAAUAGCUCUUAUACAAUUUUGUAAAUUAAUGAAGCAUAAAAAAGCUGUCAAACCACAUUGAAACUCAAAGUUAUAAUCUUAUCUCAUAAUAUAUAUUAAAAUAGUCUUGAAUACAUAAUUUUAAGGAUUAAAUUUUUGCACUUGAUUUGAUCAUGUCUUAAAUUGAAAGUGUAGCCUUUGUAAUUUGUAUACAAAAUAUAGUUUCCUGUUUUGUUCUUACUUUUAUUAUUUUGUAAAUAAUUAGUGAAUACAACUAUACCAUGAAUAGUUAUGUAAUUGUUACAAUUUCUUUUCAAGGAAUGUACCUUGAGAUGAAGUCGCAUACAGGCAAACAAAUAGACACUACCACUUUUAGACAGAUGUACCACAACAACCCAGAUCCAAAAUGGCAGCCACCUUUAUCUAACCAGUGCUUAAUCUUGCCUAGAGACUAGCAGCUUUCACCAAAAACUUGUUCGCACUCAUGAGGUUUACCAUUGUGAUUUGUUCUUUCAUUUUUUGAAGUAGAGUUUUCAAAUUAAUACCUAGUUCAUAUCUGGUCCUCAAUUCGAUAUUAAUUAAAAUAUUUUAAUUUUGGUAGAAAAUAAAAUUAACAAAAAAAGGGUCAGAAAAAAAUAAUAAAUUUUUUUUCUAGAUCAUCAUGUCAGAUUUAGCUUGUUUGAAUUACAACAUAGACAUGAGAUGCAAAGGGGAUGUUCAAAGUAUGAUUCAACUAUUUAGGUUAAAUUCAGAAAAGCCAUCUAUAGAAUUUGUAAUUUUGAAUAGAUUAAUAUUGUUCUUUCAGCAUGGCUAUUGACUCUUGUUAAUAACUAAGGCAAUACAUUGCAAAUCCCAGUGUCUUUUACUAUAUCUAUUAUUACAAUAUGAUUGAACAAAAAUUGUUAUUAAAAACAAUCUUCAAACUUCAUUUAGUAGAUUAAAUUCAUCAUAACUAAAUUAUUAGAACUUACUUUUUUUGUAUAUAAUAUAUAGUGUAUUUAGUACAGUAUAUAAUAUACCGGGUACAUGUAUUUAAUACAUAAUAUUUAAAUAGUACCGGUAUAAGCACUGCUUGAAUGAAAUACCAUACUUUAAGCAGCAUUGCACCAUAUUUUACACCAAGAUAGCCAAGAGCAUUCAUUUCAACAGAAUGUAUCCACUUUGGUUUUUCUACCUAAAUCCUUCAUUUUCCUAAGCAGCUGAUGAGAAAAUGAGCCUGUCUCAAGAAAGGAAUGGAAGACUGGAGUGGUAGUUGUCCAUCACUGGCUGAAUACCUUCUGACUUCUGGUUCCUUUGGAAUUUAAAAUCCAGGCUGUCUUUCUGACUCAGGCUGUCUUUCUGACUGCACUCAGUCAAUUAAAUUAUAUAAAUAAUCAGAAAUAAAAAUACUUUUUAUGCCUUUUGAGUAUAUUGAAUCACCUUUUUUGAAUUGCCUUGAACCUUUUCUAAGGAGAUAUUUUUAACUAAAUAAUGAAAAUACUGUACACUAAAGAAACUACGCAGCUAUGUCCACUUUUGUAAUAUGGCAAAGUAAAAAAAUAAUUAAUUUAAAAAAAAUUACAGAGUUUCUUUGUUUUUAAAUUAAUUUCUAAUUCAGUUUUAAAAGUAGUUUUUUUAGAAACUUAUAUUUUUGAGCUUUGGAUUAAAUUAAAAUAUAACCAACUUCUUCUUCCCUUUGCAGUCUUUUUGCCAGGAGAUGAUUAAAGAACAUUCAAAGUAGUUGAGAGUUACAUUAAAAUGCAUCAUCAUUAUACAUUUUUUUAAACUUUUGAUAUUCAAGCAAAAUUUAAAAAAAAAAAAAACAACAACAUGGAAAUUGAAGUUGACAAUG